CAUGUUCAUAAACAAAAUCAGCUGACCUACAUGAUGAAACACACCAUACCACUGUACAAAUCCUGUCAUAUUGGACGUGAAAAGUACGUGUCAAAUGUUAACGACGUGUUUGUGACAUAUUAAAGCUACCAUGAUAAGAGUAAAGGCGUCGAGAAUAAUAUCUAUUUUAUCAACAAAGGUCAAGACAACGAUGGCGAUGGAUGCCCAUUAUCAGUGGCCGCCUUAUUUGUUAUCAAUUUUAGUGCACAUGUUUCAAAGGCUACUCCACGUUGAUAUAAACAAGUUUCAGACCAGGAAAAUGGAGAAAGCCGUUCCUAUGGACGCGAGACAACUCGGAUAUACCAUGUGUAGGGAUUCAUUGGGUGGAGUUUGGGCGGAGAUCGAUGAAAACCAAUUUGAAAUUACUCCACUGAGCGGCGGUCUCACCAACUACCUGUACGUCUGCUCGCUCCCAUCGGAAGUGCAGGCACCAGACAAUCAGCCCCGCUCCGUGCUGUUGCGAGUGUACGGAGACAUCGCCACCUCAAGCAGCUUCGUCGUUCAGAACUCAGUGAUAUUUGCCCUUAUGUCUGAAAAAGGGCUUGGACCCAAGCUAUAUGGCAUGAACCCGAAGGCGCGAAUAGAGGCACUCCUUCCGGCAAAUUGUCUACAAACUGUUGACCUCCACAACUCGACCAUAUCGCGACAGAUAGCGGAGAAGUUGGCACUGUUCCACUCCUUGGACAUGCCGCUGUGCAAAGAACCGAGGUUCUUAAACAAGACAAUGGACGACUGGAGCGUAAAGGUGCGGGACACGUUACGACGAACUUGCAGCAGGGACGAAGAGACGUACAUGCAGAAGUUUAGAAACUAUCAUUUAGAAGAGGAAUUAGAAACAUUGAAAUUAAUACUGUCAUUAGUGGAUUCACCCGUUGUUUUCUCGCAUAACGAUCUCCAAGAAGGCAAUAUUCUCUACACUAAAGAAGAGAAUGCCAUGACAGUAAUUGACUGGGAAUAUUGCAGUUAUAACUAUAGGGGCUACGAUUUUGGAAACCAUUUUAUCGAGUGGUGCUAUAAUUACCAAGUGGAGGAAGAUCCAAAGUUCAAGGUCAACUUGGACAAUUAUCCGAGCAGGCAGCAACAGGAGGAAUUCUUCCGUGCGUAUCUGCGCACGCUGGACCGUGACAUCACUGAUGAUCUUCUACAGCUAAUGUACGUGGAGGCAAAUACGUUCGUGCUGGCCUCGCACUUCUUUUGGGGGCUGUGGUCCAUCCUGCAAAACAACAUGUCCACGAUAGAGUUUGGAUUUCUCGAAUACGCAGAGAGCCGUUUGGACGCCUAUUUCUUGUUUAAAGACCGAUUGCCGUCUGAGAUAGUUGAACGCUUGAACCAACAUCGCCAGUUGAAGCAUUCCACAGUAUAGUGUGAUGAGCAACCACUGUAACAAUGCCAGCAUAAGCAACACAAAUGCGCAUCGAAGGUUGCUGUCAUGACAACUGGAGAAGCCCUGACCUCGCUCGCUAAUACUGGUGUCAAUGUGAUAGAGUAUUUUUUCUAAUUGCGUACUAACAUGUUUAAACCUUUAGAGUUUAAAAAAAACAACAUUAAAUUUCAGCCUGAUCACAUUCUAGAAGAGUUACCAGUAAAAGAAACACGAAACCAAUUAUGAAUCUAUUUUCACAGCGGGCAUGGUUCUUUUGAAAUCACUAGUCAAUGGCUGUAUGUUUGUAGUUUUCAAGUAUUGGUACGCGGAUCUUGUUAUAAUGUUGUUGUAAUCAGAAAUUUUAAGCUUAAAUAUUCGUGAGUGAAUUGACAGCGUCAUCCAUUACAUGGACUGAACGUGCACUAGGUGCCAGUGAAACUUAGGGUAUUUUUUUAUUUUCAAAAGUGUUUGUAUAUAAGAGUUGUAUAUAAAAAUCUAUUGCUGUUUGUGAACUGCUUAGAUUUCAAACAAAUGUGAUAUGUAGCUUGUCUUUAAUUGCAUCUGGUCGCUAAGUAUAAGUAUAUUAUUUGAAUACCAAGCUCUUUCAUUCACAUUUUGUCUUUAAAAUUGACAGUACAUUUCAUGGUAGUCUUAAUUUUAUUUAGUCCUGCUGUAUUCGAACGCAUUUAACUGACAUACCAGUAAUAUGUUUAAAUUGUUAUGAUGAUGAAAUAAUGUUUAUUUAUAGCGAAUAAUCAUUAUUUAUAAGCUAUUAUACACAUAUUCCUCGUGUGCAAACCAAUAAACUUUUUAAUUCAAAGUGUAUGCUGGCAUGAUUGUUUUUACAUUUGGACUUUUUCUACAAGUAUUUAUGUUUUAAUCAAUAGAUAUUUUCUUUAAAAUUAAAAUGCAGGCGUUUUUUAUUUAGAUUUUACAUUUUAAUUUUAUCAUCUGGCUGGCCUUGUGACUUUAAACAAAUGAAAACUUUAGCAUUAUUCAUGAGGAUUUUAAUCAUAUAGAGGUUAAUAUUUACUUGAAAAUACAUGUACUGUACAUACUAUAUGAUACUAACAUGUUUGUGCAAUGCAGUUUUCCAAGACUUAUUCAGUACGCAUAUCACCAUGACUUAUCCGUUCAUUUUAUGUAUUUUGCAUAGUCAGUAUUACUUUGCAAUCAAAUAUGUGUUCAUACGAAAUAUGUACCCGUAUUUUGUGAUCCUUAUCAACAUGGUAAGAUCCAGAAUAAAAUCCUGCAAAGUGCUUCUAUAAAAAAAGCAUUGUCGUAAUAAUGGAAAAUCGGAACCAUUUGUUGUUACAAUCUAGUGCCUACGUUUGCUUAAUCAAUAGUUUCUUGGAGUCUGUUUUCUUCUUGUAACAAUUUCAACCAUGGUCUGUACUUUUUUACAUAAUAAUGAAGAAUUGACUUAAUUGGAAAUGCAUCAGCAUUUUAAAAUAUACGGGGUUCCAAUAUUGCUCUUUCCAUUAAAACAUUUUUUACACGCUUAAUAGAUUUAAUAAAUAGUAUUUUAAUAUUGGUCUAAAGUGAGAAGAAAACAUUCGUGCAGAAGGCAUAAUAAUUUCAAUUUUACAUACUUUUCUAAGUGCAGUUCUUUGCAAACGCAUUUUGGCAUUCCAUGUCGAUCAUAGAGUUUCGCAUGUCAAUGGACCGUGUAUAAACGCGCUUUUUUUUUUUACAUGUAGUUAGUUACAAAUGAAAUCCGUUAUUUCAUACUACAAUACUGUUUUGUAUGUGCAUGUUUUACCUACAUAAGCAAACGUCUUAGAUAUUAAUUUCAUUGGUAUAUGGACAGUCUAAGCUAACACUGUUAGAUAAUGUUUUUACUUGACACAGGAAGACAUAGCUGUCCGUAUCAACACAUUAAUCUUUCGUUGUAAAUAACAGUAAGCAGAGCAGUGGUAAAACAUGCUUUAGAUGUCGUGUAUGAACUAGUUUUGUCAAGACAUGUUUUGACUUCAAGUCUUCCAAUUGACUUAUUUUGCGUUUUUUAUGUAUAGAUUGUUUGUUCAUUUUGAAGUCAGUAAGGGAAACGUUAACUGUUACAUGUUAAAUCGGAGUAUUGAAUAAUGAAUUUGUUUUGUACUAGGUACUCAUUUUUCAUAUUAUGGUACGACACUUGAGAUGGAUUUGAACAUACACAAAAUGGGUACAUGUGUCAUUCCAAAGCAAAUUUUAUUUGUAUUGUGUUUCUUUGCUAGCAAUAUUAUUGUCUCAUUGUUGAUGCGUAUUAAUUGCGAUUCUGCAUGAAAUGUUUGUUUUAACGAUGCUAUUUUAUUCAAUAAAAUUACGUACAGUA